UCUUGUUCCGUCGUGCGGCAACUUCCAGCAGUAGGCGGCACUUCUCAUUUUGCCGUCUAGGACGCACUCACAGGAACUCGCCAUGACGAUCACCAAGCGCGUACAGAACGAACUUGUCCAGGCGGUGGCACCCGCAGACACGAAGCUGCUGCAGACGCUGCGUAAGAGCUCAACUGUACAGCCCAGCAAGACCAAGGCGCGCUCUGCCGCCGAGCGCAACAAAGGCAAAGCCUGGACAUGCGACGAGCACGAGCGUUUCCUCGUAGCACUGGAAAAGUUCCCGUCCGGGCCCUGGAAGGCCAUCGCAGACUUCGUGGGCACCAAAGACUCGCGUCAGACUAUGACGCAUGCGCAGAAAUACCGUCAAAAGCACGAGCGACAGCAACGCGGCUUGCGCAAGAAGAACAAGGCCAAGAAGGCUACUCAGCGGGCCGUAGUGGCUGAUACAGUAGCGAGUCUGCAGCCUCAGAUCGACGUUGCAAUGGUCGAGGCGACAGACUUUUCAGUAUUCGAAGCGCCGCCGCCGACGCUGACGAAACAGCAGUCUGACUCGCCCCGCUCGGCGGAUGAGGCUGUCAAUAUUGAUCCGUUCGCGCCUGUUGUGGCCGACGAGUCGCUGUUCUCAUUGGCACUAGACGCUGGUGCUACAUGGCUGAAUGGCAAAAGCGAUAGCGAUCUCAUGGAGAUCUUCGCGGAGUAUAACGAGCCUGUCACUGAUGCAGCGUGGCCGCAGAUGUGGAGCACGAACUCGCUUGAGGAGAUGGUGGCGUCCUGCUCACAGCUUGACUUCCUCGGGGAGAGCUAAGCCGAAGAAGGACGGAUGCACGACUGGCGGUGGAUGCACAUACUAAAGUUAUCUCUUUAAUUUAUCUUUACCAUAAACAAUUAGGCAAAUAUACGUAAGUUUGAGUGUUGCUGUAGUAUUAAUAACAAGAACGCAAUGAAUCAUGUUACUUGAAACAUUCUCGACACUUUGUGUUAAAAAUGCAACGAUAGAAAAAUGAAAACGUAUCGUAAAAAAACGUCAA